AUGUUGUCAACGCUGUGGUUGGGUCUUCUCGUUUCCUUUGGAUUUUGGAUUGUUACUACCGUUCGCGGCCGCAAGAGAUAUCCCCUGCCUCUUCCUCCUGGUCCCAAACAGAAGCCCAUAAUUGGAAAUCUGAAGGAUCUUCCAAAUCCAGAUCAACAAGAUUGGAUGCACUGGUUGAAACAUAAAGAGUUAUAUGGACCCAUUAGCUCACUCACUGUGCUGAGAAAACAUGUUAUCGUCCUUAACGAUGCUAAGCUGGCUGUGCAGCUACUAGAAAAACGUUCAGCUAUACACUCAGGGCGUCCAGAGAAUAUGUUUACUGACAUGUCGGGCUGGCAAUAUGUUCUUGGGGCGCUCAGAAACCCAGACCACGUAAGGAAAACACGGAAACACUUGUAUCAAGAGAUGGGCUCAAAGAAUUCGGUUGCCCGCUUCAACGAUAUUCAGACAACGGAGGUCGGUCGCUUCCUGUUGAGGGUAUUGGAUGAUCCAGACAAGCUCCAUCAUCACAUACGGAAAGAUGCUGGAGCGAUCGUCCUGAAAAUUGGUUACGGGUAUACUAUUGAACCCCAUGCUCAGGACCCUCUUGUGGAUCUGGCCGACAAGGCGAUGGAAGAUUUUUCAUAUGCCAUGCUCCCAGCGACAUGGAUGGUGGAAUUCAUUCCAAUAAUGAAAUAUCUCCCGGCCUGGUUCCCUGGGGCACGAUUCGUGAAGAUCGCGCAAGGCUACAAGUCGAGAGCACAGUCUUUCAGUGACGUCCCGUACGCAUUUACCAAGCAGCAAAUAAGCAACGGUAGCUUCGUGCCAUCGUUCUUGUCCAAUCUUCUUCGAGACAAUCCUGUGGAGCCUGGGACCGAAGAAGAGGAAAUCAUCAAGUGGUCAGCUGGUUCUUUAUACGCCGGAGGCGCAGAUACAACUGUCUCCUCAAUUGCAAGUUUCUUUCUCGCCAUGGCCCUUUUUCCGCAGGCGCAACACAAGGCUCAGCAGGAACUCGACACAGUGCUUGGGAGUAAUCGACUACCCCAAUUCAGAGAUCGAGAAAGCCUUCCAUAUAUGGAUGCACUCGUCAAGGAAGUUCUCCGAUGGCAUCCAGUUGUACCCAUGAGUGUAGCACACACGUCAACCCAGGACGAUACUUGCGAGGGGUACUUCAUCCCCAAGGGAUCGUCUAUCCUUGCAAACAUCUGGGCAUUUACCCACGAUCCAACCGUCUAUCGAGACCCAAUGACCUUCAACCCGGAGCGCUUUUUGACCUCCCCGGAUGGCAAACUCCCAGAGCGCGAUCCGCACAUGCUUGUAUUCGGGUUUGGUCGUCGAGCUUGUCCUGGGCGUACUCUGGCAGACGCGAACGUUUUUCUCACUGUCGCACAGGCUCUGGCUGUCUUCAGUAUCUCGAAACCGAUUCAAGAUGGAGUUACCCAGGAUAUCCCACUCAAGUUUCUCCCCGGGGUCAUUAGCCAUCCUGCUCCGUUCAAGGUGUCGGUCCGGCCGCGAAGCGCAGCACACGAACAGCUCAUCAGAGAACUCGAACAACAGCACCCUUGGGAGAAGAGUGAUGCCGAAUUCAUCCCGAGUAUGUAG